CAGUCCCGGUCCCGGCCCUCAUCGCGGGUGGGCUCGGAGCAGGCCGCACCGGGCGGGAAGCCCACUCCUACCCCGGAGGCCCCCCUGCCCUUUCUCCCCCUUUCCCCCCGCGGCCCAUGGUGCGAGGCUGGGAGCCGCCGCCCGGGCCGGACCGCGCUAUCUCUGAAGGGCACAAAUCAGAAAACACCAUGCCUCCUAAUAAAGAGGCCAGCAGUCUUAAUAGCUCCCCCGCGGGGCUCAUCUGCCUCCCUCCAAUCUCCGAGGAACUCCAGCUUGUGUGGACCCAAGCAGCCCAGACCAGUGAGCUGGAUGGCAAUGAACACUUGCUACAAACCUUCAGCAACUUUCCCUAUCCCAGUCUAGCAGAUAUUGCCCUUCUCUGUCUACGCUAUGGGCUGCAGAUGGAGAAAGUCAAGACUUGGUUCAUGGCCCAGCGCCUCCGCUGUGGCAUUAGCUGGUCAUCUGAAGAAAUAGAAGAGACUCGAGCCCGAGUGGUCUACCAUCGGGACCAACUCCAUUUCAAAUCCCUUCUCUCUUUUACUCAUCAUGCAGGGCGGCCCCCAGAGGAGGUGCCUCCUUCUCCAGUGCCACCUCCAGAACAAGUUGGUCUUGCAAUAGUGCCCCUGAAUCUUAGCGAGCCCACCCAGAUGAAAGGAUUAAAGGUAGAGCCUGAGGAGUCCUCACAGCCACUGAGUCACCAGAAAGCAAAGGAGCCCCUGAUGGCACCUGGCAGUGGGGCAUUCCCCCACCAAUCAAAUUUUUGGCAGGAUCUUCAAAGUAGUGGCCUCUCUAAGGAGCAGGCGGGCAGGGGUCUUGACCAGUCACAUGGCCUAGGUACUGCUUCCUGGAACCACUCCACAACCGUCCACCAGCCACGUGCUCGGGAUAAGCCCCCACCAAUCUCAUUACUUGCCAGUAGUUGUAAGCAGGAGUCAGCAUCUAAUAUGACUCCUUCUUCUUCCUCUACCUCUUCUUCCUCUUUCCAGGUACUGGCUAAUGGAGCUACCGCCACCUCUAAACCCCUCCAGCCACUGGGCUGUACCCCACAACCACGGUCACCCAAUGAACAGGCACUACCCCCACAUCUGGAGCCAGCCUGGCCUCAGGGGCUAAGGCAUAACUCAGUACCAGGUAGGGUUGGCCCUGCAGAGUACCCUUCCCCAGAUAUGCAACGCCAGCGAAAGACCAAGCGCAAAACCAAAGAACAGCUGGCUAUCCUCAAGUCGUUUUUUUUACAAUGCCAAUGGGCACGGCGGGAGGAUUACUAUAAAUUAGAACAGAUCACUGGUUUACCUCGGCCAGAGAUCAUUCAGUGGUUUGGUGACACACGCUAUGCCUUGAAGCAUGGGCAACUAAAAUGGUUUCGGGACAACGCAGUCCCUGGUGCCCCUAGUUUCCAGGACCCAGCAAUUCCCACACCACCGCCUUCAACUCGCUCCUUGAAUGAAUGGGCUGAGACACCACCUCUGCCAACUCCCCCACCCCCACCGGAUAUACGACCCUUGGAGAGGUACUGGGCAGCCCACCAACAGCUACGGGAAAGAGACAUCCCUCAACUGAGUCAGGCGUCAAGGCUCAGCACCCAGCAGGUACUGGAUUGGUUUGACUCUCGAUUACCUGAGCCAGCUGAGGUGGUGGUUUGUCUAGAUGAAGAGGAGGAAGAGGAGGAGGAAGAACUGCCAGAAGAUGAGGAUGAAGAAGAGGAGGAGGAGGAGGAAGACGACGACGAUGAUGAUGACGUGAUCAUACAGGACUGAGUGGGGGGCUGAGGGAGGGGAGGUCUGUUACUAAAAGAUGAACCAAUUUAGUCACUGUUUAAACAAAGAAACCACAUUUUUUUAAUUACCUUGUGGCAAAGAACUGAAAAGCUUUCUGUUCUUGAGGUUGGGGCCAGGGGGAUGUAGUGAGGGUGGACCAGGGAGGAUGACCAUAGGGCACAAAGUGAGGUGGGGAUUGGAAAUCCAGGCCUCUAGCCUCAGUGAAGAGAGCGCUAAGGAUCUGGUCCAAACUAUGGGCUGGGUAAAGCCUCUUGCUCUCCUCCUAUCUGCUGUUCUUUUCCCUUAGUGUACUACAGAGAGGCCAGACUUUGGCCCCACGUCCAUAGGAGGACUGGAAAGGAGGAGUAAAGAAUUUUGAUUCAAUUGAUGAUUCCAGUGCCUCCCCUAGUCCAAGCAUUUUCCCUGGAAUACAAGGCUACCUUGUACCCCUUUUCUCUCUGAGCACAAGUCCAUGCAUAAUGCAGCAAAGAAUCUCAGUAUGUCCCGUCUCAUCACAAAUACUUCCUCUUCCUCAUCCCAACUUGACUGUGUAUCUUUCACCUGCUUCAUUAUUGAGUCACACAGGUAGCAGAAUAUUUUCUGAUACUGGGGUCACUUUGCCUUUUACCUUUUUAACUCUUUCCAAAAUCCCCAUUCUGUUCACUAUUUGUCUCAGGGUAAAUCUUCCCCCACGGAGCUUGUGAAAAAGUUUAAUGAUUUGGUGGAGAGUAAUUUAGACUGGAUAUUUAUUGAAGGUGGGAAUUAGGGGAGAUGUCCUUUAAAAAAGUAGAUUAGGUUACAGAGAGAAUAGAGGAGAGGGAAUGAUUUCGACUGUUCAGAAGACAGUGCAGGUGGGUUCCAGGUUUGGUUUUACAAACCUGACACUCCCUCCUGCCUAGCUUGACAGACACUGAUUUUUCAUCUUUUUGGUGUUGGUUCAAUUUUUGUCCAGAAAAAGAGACUCUUCCCUUUCUUUAUAGGAUCUGUCUUGGGGACAAAGGGACCAUGGUCUUUAACUAAACUAAUUAUUGAUGUUUUAGAAUGGUUUUCAUCAGUUGGGGUCAGAUAUAAAGAUAUCAAUGGAUUAACCAUCUAGAAAUAAGAGUGGAAGGCCCAAAUUGCUAGAAUAAUAAAAAGGCCAAAAAUAAAA